CUAGGCUUGACCUAGUCGUCGACUCGGACCUGUCAGAGUCAAGGCAGCCGCGUAGACCACUCCUGAGACAGGGCGGGAGAACAUCGUUUGUCCUAGAGUUUUGCUAGCAUCUUUUUCAAAGUGAUCUUAACUUGCUCUUUAUGUCAGAACUCCCUGGACUUCUGACCUUUCACUACAGAAACUUGUGAUCUACAGUUGCCAGAGACGUAAACACACUUUAGGGUAUCAUCUACAUUAAACCCAGAGCUCUUCUCUGCUUGCUCUAAAAUGCUGAGGUACUGGGGAGAGAUCCCAAUACCAUCAGGACAGACCAACAGAAGUUCCUUUGAUCUGCUGCCUCGGGAGUUCCGUCUGGUGGAAGUCCAUGACCCACCCCUGCACCAGCCCUCAGCCAACAAGCCGAAGCCCCCCACGAUGCUGGACAUCCCCUCAGAGCCCUGCAGCCUCACCAUCCAUACCAUCCAGCUGAUCCAGCACAACCGACGUCUGCGCAGCCUUAUUGCCACAGCUCAGACCCAGAGUCAGCAGCAGAGCGAGGGUGUAAAGGCUGAAGAGAGUGAACCGCUUCCCUCCUGCCCGGGCUCACCUCCUCUCCCUGAUGACCUCCAGCCUUUAGAUUGUAAAAAUCCCAAUGCGCCAUUUCAGAUCCGGCACAGUGACCCAGAGAGUGACUUUUACCGUGGGAAAGGAGAGCCGGUAACCGAGCUGAGCUGGCACUCCUGUCGGCAGCUCCUCUACCAAGCAGUCGCCACGAUCCUGGCCCACGCAGGCUUCGAGUGUGCUAAUGAAAGUGUCCUGGAGACCCUGACUGACGUAGCACAUGAGUACUGCCUCAAGUUCACCAAGCUGCUGCGCUUUGCGGUCGAUCGGGAGGCCCUGCUGGGACAGACGCCUUUCCCUGAUGUAAUGGAACAGGUGUUCCAUGAAGUGGGGAUUGGCAGCGUGCUCUCCCUCCAGAAGUUCUGGCAGCACCGCAUCAAGGACUAUCACACUUACAUGCUACAGAUUAGUAAGCAGCUCUCUGAAGAAUACGAAAGGAUCGUGAAUCCCGAGAAGGCCACAGAAGACACUAAGCCUGUGAAGAUCAAGGAGGAGCCCGUGAGUGACAUCACGUUUCCUGUCAGCGAGGAGCUGGAGGCUGACCUUGCUUCCGGAGACCAGUCCUUACCCAUCGGGGUCCUCGGGGCUCAGAGCGAGCGCUUCCCAUCCAACCUGGAGGUGGAGGCUUCGCCACAGGCUUCAAGUGCAGAGGUAAAUGCUUCUCCUCUCUGGAACCUGGCUCAUGUGAAAAUGGAGCCUCAAGAAAGUGAAGAAGGCAAUGUGUCUGCACAUGGCGUGCUGGGCAGUGAUGUCUUUGAGGAACCAAUGUCAGGCAUGAGUGAAGCUGGAAUCCCUCAGAGCCCUGAGGACUCAGACAGCAGCUAUGGUUCCCACUCCACUGAUAGCCUCAUGGGGUCAUCCCCUGUUUUCAAUCAGCGCUGCAAGAAGAGGAUGAGGAAGAUUUAACUGCAGAAGGACAUUUUCAAUCCAGACCUACAAGAGCCAGCAGAAAGCCUUGAUGUUUAAAUCGUUUUCAUAAGUAGUAAUUAGAUUCUCAAAUGAAAGGCUUUCCUAAUUUCAGAGAAACAGUUCAGAGGAGCAUUUCACUUUGGCACCGCUUUUGUACUUUUUCAGAACAACUAAGCCACUGUCCACAAAUGGACUGUGAUACUGGCCUGGUAAUCAGACCAAAGUACUGUCCCCAGCUGGUCUUACUGUGGGACAGCACACAUCCCAGCUCCUCCCAGCUAUGCCUCUGGCACACUUGAAAAGAAUCAUGCCACUUUGAUGUUCCUUGCAGAGGUGGGAUGCUGAGGUACUUUGUUUAAAUGUCAAAGCUUGCAUAUAUUCACGUAAAUAUAUGCUACGAUAGAAGUCA